ACCUCAACGCGUCGCGAUCCAAACCGCUGGCCAGAACUUUUCUCAUACAAAUUAUUGCCCAGGAAUCGAGGAGAGGAAUUUGUGCGCGAAAUUAUUGGCGUGUUGCAUACAUACACUCUUGAGGACUGGCCAAAUUAGCAUACACGAAGGAGAGCUGUGAAAAUGUUUCGACACAUAAUAAACUUGACAAACAAAUAUAAAGUCCUCAGGGGCAUGAUAUCGUAUGGGACGCUUUGGCCCUGCGGCUGUCUUAUCGAGCAGACGCUGAUCGAGAAAAAGACAUUCCGAACGUACGACUGGAUGAAGUGUGUCAGGUUCAGCUUAUUCGGCUUCUUCUUUAUGGGCCCCACAAUAUAUGUGUGGAUCCGAUUGGCUGGGGUUAUGUGGCCACGCACGGAUAUUAAGUCAUCGCUGUGCAAGGCGAUCACCGAGCAGACCGCCUACGAUCCGAUGGCCAUCAGCUCGUUUCUCUUCUUCAUGACGCUGAUGGAGGGCAACUCAUAUGCCCAGGCCAGGCAGGAGGUUAGCGAUAAAUUCCUGGACGCCUAUAAGGUGGGCGUUAUUUAUUGGCCCUGCGUGCAGACGGUGAACUUUGCCUUUGUCCCGGCCCGGAACCAGGUCGUGUUCACCUCGUUCUUCAGCAUGUGCUGGACCACGUUCCUGGCCUACGUCAAGUUCCUGCAUCUGCAUCCCACCGUCGACGUGGACCACCAUGCCGUGGACAUACACUUCCUGGAGAUGUGAGCAGUCCAGCCGCAGUAGAACCCAAAACACACAAUCAAGUCUCCCAGCUUUUCCCAGCGAUAAUGUGAUCAGACACGCCACGCCCACCAAUACAACGCCCAUAGUAUAAGUUAAUGACAUGUCAUUUCUCUUAUUUUUUCCUUUUUACAUUUAUUUUGUUGUGCGCCAUUAAAAAAAAAGUAUAAAUAUGUGUAUAAAACAGCCAUUAACUGCGCCUGAUAAAUGA